CAUCCGCGCCUCGCCGGCCUCUCCCACCAGCCCACAUAAUAUGCUGUACGCUGUUCCAUGAGAAACACAUGAUCAUCCCAUUCCAGUCAUCAACCCUGCUUACUUCUCACUCGCUCGCUGGAGAGCUGACCUCCUUCGCCACUUUGCACUCCGCUCAAUCCAUCCCCCAUGGGAAACUGCAAUGGUCAGCCCUCAUCACACACCGAUCAUCCGGUUCCCGCCGCAGGUGGGGGAGGUAUAGUCAAAGCCCGCCAGCCGGCACCGGCACUAGCUCCACAUCCUCCGGCGCCUCCGGUCACCGGCGGCAUCGGCCGCGUGCUAGGUCGGCCGAUGGAAGACGUCCGCGAAACCUACAACUUUGGUCGGGAGCUCGGGCGUGGCCAGUUCGGCGUUACCUAUCUCGUCACUCACAAGAAGACCGGUGAACUCCUCGCCUGCAAGUCAAUCGCCACGCGAAAGCUCGUGAACCGCGACGACAUCGAGGACGUCCGACGGGAGGUCCAGAUCAUGCACCACUUGACUGGCCAUCGCAAUAUUGUAGAGCUGCGCGGCGCUUACGAGGAUCGCCAGUCGGUGAACCUGGUUAUGGAGCUCUGCGAGGGCGGGGAGCUCUUUGACCGGAUUAUUGCUAAGGGGCAUUACUCGGAGCGUGCCGCUGCUGCGCUUUGCCGCGAAAUUGUGACUGUUGUGCACAACUGCCAUUCCAUGGGCGUGAUGCACCGUGAUCUGAAGCCGGAGAACUUUCUGUUUCUGAAUAAGGAGGAAAGCUCCCCACUUAAGGCUACGGAUUUUGGGCUAUCCGUCUUCUUUAAGCCUGGAGAAAAGUUCAGGGACCUUGUUGGAAGUGCAUAUUAUGUAGCUCCUGAAGUCUUGCAACGGAAUUAUGGGCUAGAAGCUGACAUAUGGAGUGCUGGAGUGAUGCUCUACAUCCUUCUUUCUGGAGUUCCGCCAUUUUGGGGAGAGAAUGAACGGGGCAUAUUUGAUGAAAUUUUACGAGGGCAUCUUGAUUUCUCUUCGGAUCCGUGGCCUUCCAUUUCUAGUAGCGCAAAAGAACUUGUGAAAAAAAUGCUUAGGCAUGAUCCAAAAGAGCGGCUAACUGCAGUUGAAGUUUUGAAUCAUCCAUGGAUUAGAGUGGAUGGAGAGGCAUCUGAUAAACCGAUUGACAUUACAGUGUUAACUAGAAUGAAACAAUUUAGAGCUAUGAACAAGCUCAAAAAAGUCGCUUUGAAGGUUAUUGCGGAAAAUUUAUCUGAAGAAGAAAUUAGGGGCUUGAAGGAAAUGUUCAAAUCUAUGGAUACUGACAAUAGUGGUACAAUAACUUAUGAAGAACUGAAAGCUGGCCUACCAAAACUGGGUAGCAAACUUUCUGAAUCGGAAGUUAAACAGCUGAUGGAAGCGGCUGAUGUCGAUGGGAAUGGGACUAUCGACUAUAUAGAAUUUAUUACUGCUACAAUGCACAUGAACCGGAUGGAAAAGGAAGAACAUUUGUACAAAGCUUUUGAAUAUUUUGACAAGGAUAGGAGUGGAUAUAUCACUAUGGAGGAGCUGGAGCAAGCUCUGACAAAAUACAACAUGGGUGAUGCCAAGACAAUUAAAGAGAUUUUAGCAGAAGUUGACACUGAUCAUGAUGGGAGAAUCAACUAUGAUGAGUUUGUAGCCAUGAUGAGAAAAGGAAAUCCAGACAUUGGUCCACCAAGACGGCGCAAAUAAACAUUAUUUUUUUUUUAAAAUUGGAUUUUUAUCUUUUUUUUUUAUUUAUUUUUUUAUGCUGGUUUGUCUGUGCUCUCGAAGGGAUUUUGUGUUUUCCAUCAUGCAAAAUUCUCUGCAAGGGAAAAUAUUUACGUACAUAAGACGUACGCAGCGCUGCGUAUGUU